GGUCAGGUUAGGGCAGGUUUGACUUCCUUCAGAUGCCAGGUUGGGGGCCUGUGCGGGAGGCAUAUAAACCCCAGUGUGGGCGCCUGGCCCUUUGCUUUCCUUCCAGAGCCUCUCUGUCAUCUGGUCUGAUCCACCCCUGUGGCCCCAGAUCCAAGAUGUCCAGUCCCCUGGAGCAGGCGCUGGCUGUGAUGGUCGCCACCUUCCACAAGUACUCUGGCCAAGAGGGUGACAAGUUCAAGCUGAGUAAGGGGGAGAUGAAGGCACUUCUGCACAAGGAGCUGCCCAGCUUUGUUGGGGAGAAGGUGGAUGAGGAGGGCCUGAAGAAGCUGAUGGGUGACCUGGACGAAAACAGUGACCAGCAGGUGGACUUCCAGGAAUACGCUGUUUUUCUGGCCCUGGUCACUAUCAUGUGCAACGAGUUCUUCCAGGAUGCCCCAGACCGGCUGUGAAGCGGGGCUCCUGCUUGGCCACGGCCCUCCUGGACCCACGAGGACUCGAGCUACACCUUUUGUACCCAAUAAACGUUUCUGUUGAUCAUAUUUUAAUUGCUCAGUGAUGCCCCAUCCCCUGGCUGGCUGAGUUGGGUUGCUGGACAAUAAGAGCAUCCUUAGAUCCCACCCCUCUGGGCUCUGACUCUUCUGGAAAUCUCCGCAAGGCCAGAGCUGCACCUCAAGUCCCAGAGUUUGGCAUUUCAAAUACCGGUAAAAAUCUGAGAUAGUUUGCUAAUUUUUUUUUUCCAAAUAAAGUUAUUAAAAAAGGCAAA